CCUCUUGAACUUGGUGGUGGCAGCGCAGGGAUGGCGGCGGGGACGGGGGCUCCGGGACGCGGCGGCCCCGGCAUGGACGCCCGGCUGGACCAGGAGACGGCCCGGUGGCUGCGAUGGGACAAGAUCUGAGCCCUAACUUGCAGGCACCUAACAAUCUGAUAGGUCAGAUUGUGCUCUGUGGUCAGUGGCUAUUGCUUUUAACCAAAAAGAAUCCCUUAACUUUGGAGUCAGUGAAACAACUAAUUGCAGAAGGUAAUAAAGAAGAACUGCAAAAAUGUUUUGGGGCUCGAAUGGAGUUUGGGACAGCUGGCCUCCGAGCUGCUAUGGGAGCAGGAAUUUCUUGUAUGAAUGACUUGACCAUCAUCCAGACUACACAGGGAUUUUGUAGAUACCUGGAAAAGCAAUUCAGUGACCUUAAGCAAAGAGGUGUUGUGAUCAGCUAUGAUGCUCGAGCCCAUCCGGCAAGUGGAGGCAGCAGCAGAAGAUUCGCCCGACUUGCUGCCACUACGUUUAUCAGCCAGGGGAUUCCUGUGUACCUCUUUUCUGAUAUAACCCCAACCCCCUUUGUGCCCUACACAGUAUCACAUUUGAAACUUUGUGCUGGAAUCAUGAUAACUGCCUCUCACAAUCCAAAGCAGGAUAAUGGUUACAAGGUCUACUGGGAUAACGGGGCUCAGAUCAUCUCUCCUCAUGAUAAAGGGAUUUCCCAGGCUAUUGAAGAAAAUCUAGAGCCAUGGCCUCAAGCUUGGGACGAUUCUGUAAUCAAUGGCAGUCCACUCUUUCAUGACCCAAGUGCUUCCAUCAAUAAGGACUACUUUGAAGACCUUAAAAAAUACUGUUUUCACAGGGCUGUGAACAGGGAGACCAAGGUGAAGUUUGUGCACACCUCCGUCCAUGGCGUGGGUCACAGCUUCGUGCAGUCGGCUUUCAAGGCUUUUGACUUUGUUCCUCCCGAGGCUGUUCCCGAACAGAAGGAUCCCGAUCCUGAGUUCCCAACAGUGAGAUACCCAAAUCCUGAAGAGGGUAAAGGUGUCUUGACUUUGUCUUUUGCUUUGGCUGACAAAACCACGGCCAAAAUUGUUUUAGCAAACGACCCAGAUGCUGACAGACUUGCUGUGGCAGAAAAGCAAGACAGUGGUGAAUGGAAAGUGUUUUCAGGCAACGAGCUGGGGGCCCUCUUGGGCUGGUGGCUCUUUACUUCUUGGAAAGAAAAGAACCAAGAUCACAGCGCCCUCAAAGACACAUAUAUGUUGUCCAGCACCGUCUCCUCCAAAAUCCUGCAGGCCAUUGCCUUAAAGGAGGGCUUUCACUUCGAGGAAACAUUAACUGGCUUUAAGUGGAUGGGAAACCGAGCCAAACAGCUAAUAGACCAGGGGAAAAAUGUCUUAUUUGCUUUUGAAGAAGCUAUUGGGUAUAUGUGCUGCCCUUUCGUUCUGGACAAAGAUGGAGUCAGUGCCGCCGUCAUAAGUGCAGAGUUGGCCAGCUUUCUAGCAACCAAGAAUUUGUCUUUGUCUCAGCAGCUAAAGGCCAUCUAUGUUGAGUAUGGCUACCAUAUCACCAAAGCUUCGUAUUUUAUCUGCCACGAUCAAGGCACUAUUAAAAAAUUAUUUGAAAACCUUAGAAACUACGAUGGGAAGAAUAAUUAUCCAAAAACUUGUGGCAAAUUUGAAAUUUCUGGUAUUAGGGACCUUACAACUGGCUAUGAUGAUAGCCAACCUGAUAAAAAAGCUGUUCUCCCUACUAGUAAAAGCAGUCAAAUGAUCACCUUUACCUUUGCUAAUGGAGGUGUGGCCACCAUUCGGACCAGUGGGACAGAGCCCAAAAUCAAGUACUAUUCUGAACUGUGCGCCCCCCCUGGAAAUAGUGAUCCCGACCAGCUGAAGAAAGAACUAAAUGAACUAGUCAGUGCUAUUGAAGAACAUUUUUUCCAGCCACAAAAGUAUAACCUGCAGCCAAAAGGAGAGUAAACUAUCCCAGCCUUGGGCCUAAUUACAUUUCCUUACAAUUAAGCUGAACUUGAUUUCUUAAGCAAUGUUUUUGUGGGCUAAAUAAUUUAAACUAUUGCUACAAGUAUUCAUAUUUUUUUAAUAGACCUACAUUCCUCCUUGUUUUAUGUUUGAACUUUUAAGGGUAAUAAAGAAAGAUGGUCAAAUCUAACAAACCAACAUUCCUGUUAAAAGGUUGAGCAUCAUCCGAACUUAAAAAA